AUGCCCCUUAAAUUUGCGGUUGUUUGUUCAUCAAAUCAAAAUCGAAGUAUGGAAGCACAUAAUUUUAUGAGUAAACGUGGUUUAAUAAUCAAAUCGUUUGGAUCUGGUGCACAAGUCAAAUUACCGGGUCCAUCUCUGGAUAAACCAAAUAUUUAUACAUUCGAUACACCUUAUGAACAUAUGUACAAAGAUUUAAUUGCAAAAGAUCAAAAUUUGUAUACACAAAAUGGUGUGUUACAUAUGCUCGAUCGAAAUCGACGUAUCAAAGAGAAACCCGAACGUUUUCAAGAUUGUCGUGAUCGUUUUGAUAUUGUGUUUACAGUUGAAGAAAGAAUAUUUGAUCAAGUUCUUGAAGAUUUGGACAGUCGGGAAAAGAAAACAAAUGAAUUAGUUCAUAUAAUUAAUAUUGAUGUUGCGGAUAAUCCUGAAGAUGCCACGCUAGGAGCAUUUAUGCUCUGUGAUUUGGGUCAACGAAUGGAGGCUGUUGAUGAUUUAGAUAAUGAAAUUGAUGAAAUAUUAACUGAAUAUGAGUCAAAAAUAAAACGUCCAAUAUUACAUGCUGUUUCAUUUUAUUAA